AUGGGUGUGAAGAUGGCUGAACCCGAACCUCCUCCAGUUCCCGACUUCUCUGAUUCGAUAUCCGAUUGCUCCUCAACAACUAUAUCCAUACCUAGCUCCCCACCUCCAUUCGAACCAGCCUUCCUCCCUUACUGGGCCCGCUACGAGACAAAGUGUGCCCAGAACCUAUUGGACUACUCCGACGAACCAAUCGAAUACGAUCACGACGACGAGGACUAUCGUGACAACUGUUUCUUUUUCCCGGAAGACUGCUCGUGGACGCCACCAAAAGAUUGCAUUGCGGAGACAGAUUACAUAUCACUACAGGAGGGACCCCAGACCCAGGCGGAGGAAUACACGCCUUCUACAGGCCAGGAAAGCGACACAAACACAAACACCGACACCAUGAUUCCCGGUCUCCCAGAUAUCAAGAUGCUAGACGCGGAGGCGCUAAGCGACCUCUUGGAAGAUAACCUGUCCCCGCCAGAGAUCACAACGAUCAUUGUCUUUGCAACAAACGGCGCCGUAUUCGCCCACGGCUCUUCCCUCUCCUCACGCCAACUGCGCAACCUCAGCGCAACCUACGGCGCCGCCUACACAUGCUACGCCAAGACAGCCUCAAGCGGGAAUCUAACAGGCGUCAACCCAGCCAGCCACCCCUCAUCCUACGUGACCGCCAAGUCGAUGUCCCUAGGCGACGUAGGCUCGAUCGUCUUCGAACUGGACGACUCCGUCGCAGUGGUAACCCGAAUCGCGGAUAAAGUCCUCGUGGCCGCCGUCGGCCCAUCCAGACUAGACGCGCCGGAGCCGAACGGCGCCCCCAACGCCGACUCUCUCGCCGAUAACGGCAUCCAUGAUGCUAGUAAUGGAACGGCUACACCAGAGGGUUCGCAGGGUGAUAUCUCGCGCACACUAGCUGCUGCGCCUGCUUCUUCGAACUUACCCCACAACGGCCCCGGAGACCCGCAAUAUGAGAUCGAUCGCAGCGCCGAUCUUGCGCGGCUGGCUAGCUUGAACCUCUCCGCCUCGCCGGCCGUCUUGCUUGCGUUGGAAUCGAAAUGCGCUGCGCUAGGUCGAUUCCUCGGAGAGAAACUGGAUGAUCUGGAAAGUCCGGAGGAUUUCUGA